GAUGGUGGCUCAGCUGUACAAUCUGGUGAGACCAAAUGCUAGUAGCUCAAAAGAUGUCCUUCGGCCCCAAUUGGCAGCACCGUGGUUUUCAGGAUGGCAGCGGAGGACAGGGAGAUGAUGGAAGCCCGGGGAGCAGGAGAAAGCUGCCCAACUUUCCCCAAGGUGGUGCCCGAUGACCCCAUGUCUGAAGGGAAAUCAAGAGCCUCUUUGGAGGCAGAGUCCCCGAAGCCAGACUCUUCCUACAACCACCUGGAGGAGAUGGAAGCUCGCGAAGACGGAGGCUGCCCGGGGCCCCCCAAGUCACCGUCCUCUAAGGCAGGCCACACCACCAAGGGCCAGGCGGGCGACGGACCCGGCCUCGGGGAGCUGGCCCCCGCCCCGGCCGCCCCCGAGCCCCCGGGGACGGAGCGCAACACCGAGAUGGAGCUGGAGAAGGUGCGCAUGGAGUUCGAGCUCACCCGGCUCCGCUACCUGCACGAGGAGAACGAGCGCCAGCGGCAGCACGAAGAGGUGAUGGAGCAGCUGCAGCAGCAGGCCACGCCCCGCCUGUUCUCGGGAGGGCUCCAGGACCUCCUGCUCCCCCAGAACCAGUUUGCCAUGUUCCUGUACUGCUUCAUCUUUAUACACAUAAUCUAUGUCACCAAGGAGAUGAUCUUCUUUCUCUUCUCCAAGCACUACCUGUUCUGCAUCGCGGCCAUUUUGCUCUGUUUGAUUAAAACGUUAUGGUCAUACUUGCAGGUGCUUUUGCUCCCUCCAUCACUGGGAACCUCCGUGCCUGUGGGUUACUAGGCCAUGACCCAAGUCAGCCUCCGGCCUCCCUUCCUCCUCCUUCCCUCACAUGAGCCUCCCCACUGUCAGAGCUCCCUGUUAGGAAAGGCUCUGCUGUCAACCAUUUACACUUUAGUGUGAAGAAAUGUGUUCGGGCCUUGUAUGAAGCCUGAGUUCUCAGUGCAGAGGAAGAUGCUUUGUGCCCUCUGAGGGGCGGAUUUUAGAAGUUACCAAGUUAGGGAGGUUUCUAGAGGGAGAAGGGGUUUAGGGUCUCUAGGGAAUCACAGGAGUCACACCAUGACCAGGUUGGUUUGGGAUCCACCACAUCCACUCACUUGCACAGAUCUUGUCUGAGGUGUGGGAUGCUGAGGUAGGUUCGGGGAUAACCCCCCAAAGAUGUGCACAUCCCCAUGCCCAGCACCUAUGAAUACAUCAUCUUACAUAGCAAGAGAGACUUGGAGAGGUGAUUAAAUUAAAUACCUUACAAUGGGGAGAUGAGCCUGGGUUCCACCACAGGCCCAAUGUCAUCACAAGGGUUUUUACAAGAGGGAGGGAGAGGGCGAGAGUCAGAGAAGGAAGGGGAUGUGAUCAUGGAAGCAGAAUUUGGAAUGAUCCAAGAAACUCAGGUAGCCUUUAGAAAAGGCACAGAAAUGAAAUUUCUCCAAAAGCCUGCAGAAGGAAUGGGGCUCCGGCCAACCCAUGCAGACAGGUGGUCACCAGAACUGUAAGAGACUAAAUCUGAGUUGCUUUAAGUCACUAAGUGUACAGUACUGCAUUGAAGCAGUAAUAGGAAAAUCAUACAGGAGCCAAGACUCCCCAGGCUCCUCCCAGCUCUGCAAAUAUGUCAGGAUAGCAGCACCAGACCAUGGACGAGAGUCCAUUUAGCCCUGGGCCUGAGCAGGACUAUAAUGGUCAGUUACUUGGGCUAGAAGCCUACCCCCAGGCAACAGGCAGCUCAAAGAGAGCUGCUAACACUCCAGGGAGCCCAGGACAGAGCUACCAGAGUCGGACAGGCAAAGGCUAGCCCGACCACUGAGCAGUACAAGCCCAAGGGAGGCGAGGCAAAGCCCCAGCCUGCUCCCAGAGGGGGUGGGGAAGGAGGCCUCAAAAGCUUGGCUGGGCCCAGAGCAAGACAGCAGGGUUGCAUUAGUGCAAAGUAGGAGGAGGGAAAAAGAAACCAGACCACACAGCCCAACCCUCAGUUCCCAAAUGCACAUGCACACACACACACACACACACACAGAUGCACAGCAAAGUUGUCCACAGUAGAGAUGUACACAACCACCCAAAUAAAGAGGCAACAACAAUAAAAAGGAACAGACCUUGACCACUGGAGGGUUCAGAGUAGGCACAAAAUAAGGUCCCUGGUAUGUAUGUAAUGAAGAAUUCAGAUCCCACCAACGCCCUGACCUCUCCUCUAACACACACACACACACACACACACACACACACACACACCCCUGCUAGCAGGUCAUCAGCUGCUCUGACCCCACCCGCCGUGCCCAGGAGGGAGGACUGGCGCCUGGCUCUGACACAGGAGGCCCUGGGGAUAAUGCAGCAAAGCCAAUGAGGGUGAACACAGUUGUGUGAUCGGGCAAGUCUGAAAUGCCCCCUCCUUUUCUGGGUCAUAGAGCUCAGCCUUAAGAGAGACUAAAGAAUAAGCUUCUGUCUCUUUGGGCUCUGUGAGAGAGAUCCGUGAAAACACAUGAAAAGAAGACGACCGCCCUGGGAUUCAAUGUCAAUACACAUUCUCAUGCCACGGAAGUCUAUGGUGGCUUCUCAUUUUCCGCCCAAUUCGGUGCAUCCACCCCCAUUUAUAGCUGCAGGUGACCGAUAUUUACCUGAAAGUCACAGAACUGUCAUUUCUCAUUAAACUUUGAACGAUAGUUUUUGCUAUGGGUCCUUUCUCACAGGCAUUGUAUUUGAUCUGGGUUCCUGGGGGUAGGAUUGAGGUAAGAGGAGGAGGAAAUCAGGAUAUCAAAAAAGAUUAAGGCACAGGUAUUUGACUUGUUAUAGCAGAAGGAUUUGGGAGUUUAUAAAAAAUACCAAGUGUUAUAAAGCCGUUAAGUUCAUCACCCUAUUGCCAGGUAAGCUGGACUUAGAUACAUCCAUUUUCCUUUCAAAUCUUUAGAGAAAAAUUUAAUUUCCUUGAACAGGUAAGUUAGCAUCUCAUAAGUUAACAUCACAUCCUUAGCAAUGGGCAUGACGUCUCCCUCCUGUUCCUCCUACUGUGACUGAAGACUGAAGUCAAGAGCCAAACUAUGCCCUCUGGGAAAAUGAGAACAGCUCAUGGUCACUCCUUAAACUUGGCUAAGUUCUCUUGGUUCAAAUUCAGAGCAGAAAAUCAGAAGGGAGAGGAAGCAAGGUGGAGAGAAUUGCACAGGAUAGGAAGAGGGCAUAGCCGAGGGUUACCAAGAAGACAAUAAGUCAACAUUCAAGCACUUCUUGAGCACCUCCAAUGUGCCAGGCACUUUUCUAAAUGCUCUACGGAGACUAUCUUCAUCAAAACCCUGGGAGGAAGAUAUGCUAUUAUCUCCAUGUCACAGAUGAGGAUACCGAGGCUCAGAGAGGUUAAAUGACUUACCCAAGAUCAUCUUGGAUUCUAAGUCUGACUCCCAAACACAAGAGCUUUCUUUCUACACAACCAUCUCCCAAGCUGCUGCCUUGAAGGAUUUCACAGUCCUGCUGGCAAGAUGAGCUUAACAUACAUGAAAAUGUUAGGACACUAUCAGCACACAGACCUUAGUGAUGAAGGAAAUAAAAGGAGAGGUCCCUGGAGCUCAGGAUGAUAGGAAGACUUCUCAAAAGACCAUGUAAGCCUGGGGCAGGUGGAGAGAAGGAAAGGAAAUUCACACAACUAAGAUCAGGGUUGGAGUGUAUACACAGUAUGCCGGAGAAAGAGAAGGCUCAUCCCUGCUCCGAAAAAUGGUAUAAAGGGUAACAGGCCUGGAAGAUAGAUAUGGGGCCAAAUUUUAUAGUCUUGAAUAUUGCUCUGAGGAAUAUGAACUUAAUCCCUUGGGACAUGGAGUCCCUGAAGACUGUAGAGUGAGAUAGUAACUCCUUCCAAAAAAAGGAAAAAAAUACCUCCUUUCCUCCUCUCUCCUGGGGACCUUGUUCUUGCCUUAACAACCUCCUUCCAUUUUCAAUCUGGGAACAUUCUAAGGUCUUGAGUGUGAGGAAUGUAUUCAGCUGGAAAAGAAACCCAACCACAGUGGCUUAACCAGAUAGAGGUUUAUGUUUCUCACAUACUAAGAAGUCCCAGGUAAGGCAGUCCAAGGUGAAAUUGCUCUAGGAAAUCAGAGAGGAUCUAGGCUGCUUUUUGCUCCACCAUCCUUAACUUGACUUUUAUCCUCCUCACCCAUGGCCUUCAGCCUCAUGAUCUUAAAGUGGCUGCUGUAGGGGCACCUGGGUGUCUCAGUCAGUUAAGCAUCUGCUUUCAGCUCAAGUCAUGAUCCCACUGUCCUAGAGUCAAGCCCAACACUGAGCUUCCUGUUCAGCAGGGCGUCUGCUGCUCUCUCUGCCUCUGUUCCCUGCCCCCCCCAACUUGGCCUCUCUCUCUCAAAUAAAUAAAAUCUUUAAAAAGGGAGGGGGGGCUUCUGGAGCUCUAGGUAUCAAACCCACAACUCUAGGUCAGAAAAAAGAACGGGAAAAAAGAAGCAUCUUUUAUAAGCUUUCUAGAAAGACUCACCUAGAGACUUCUGCUUAUAUCUCCUUGGUCAGAUUGGGUCAUGUAGCUGCAGGGCAUCUGAGGUGGUAAGGUUUUCACCUGGACACUGUUGCGGCCUUGAACAAAAUUAGGAUUCUGACAGUGUGGGGAAAGAGAGGGAUGGAUAUUGAAUAAGCAAACAACUCUUUCUACCAUACCCUGCUUUCUUAGACCUAGCUCCUGCACGGCCAGGCCCGUGCCCAUCUUGGUGGGAGUGAGAGAGACAUGGGGUAGGGCACAGUUAGAGCCAAUCCAGGCCCGGCCCACUGUGACAUUGAUGCCCUAAGGUUUCAUUCACAUACCACAGCAGGAAGGUCAUCAUUUUCUCUGGACACACAACUGGAACAGCUGUGCCUUCAUCCUGCUGACCUCUGCCUGAGGCCCCAGGACCUUCCACAUCCAUGGCAGCUGCCCUGCCUGGGGCCGGGGACCAGACAGGGACACCCCUCUGUGCUGAGUGCCCUCAGCGAAGCUGCAAGAGGCAAGUUUGCUCCUGGAGUCUCUCCCCACUCCUGAGUCCCAGAUUCCAAAAAACUGGCCCAGUGCCUCCCCACCCGCUCACACACACGCCCAUCUCUCUCUGGUCAGCCCACUCACACCAAGCUGCUAAAGACUGAGGAUGUAAGAGAUCCUGCAGGUUUGUUUCAAAGAUCCACUCAGCUUAAGUCCCAACAAUCAAACACUAAUAGUAAAGUUUCAGGCAGGUUUAGGGAGGGAAAGAUGAAAGAAUCUUUCCUACUCCCCAGAUGGAAUCACACAGGUUGUAACCCCAAGCUCUAGGACAAUACUAGAAUCCUGGAAACUGCUGGAACCCGCAGGAGGGAAGAGCGGACAGACUUGGUUCCAAAGGCCAUUUCCCAGUCCUGUCUGCAAUUCCACUUUCACAGGUGACUACAGGCAAGUGGGUUAAGGUUUUCAGGCUUCGUUGGGAUGACCUGUAAAUUACCUAAACUCUAACUCAGUGGGGUUUGGGAAAAAAAAAAAAAAA